AACGACAUCCGUAACCUUGCCAUUAUUGCCCACGUCGACCAUGGGAAGACCACCCUAGUCGACGCGCUGCUGAAACAGGGCAAGGUCUUUCAUGCGCACCAGCAGGUGGGCUCACUGAUCAUGGACACCAACCCGCUGGAGCGGGAGCGCGGCAUCACCAUCCUGGCCAAGAACGCCUCGGUCUCCUACGGCGACGUCAGGAUAAACGUCAUAGAUACGCCGGGCCACGCCGAUUUCAGCGGCGAGGUGGAGCGCGUAAUGAACAUGGCCGACGGGUGCCUGCUGCUGGUCGACGCCGUGGACGGGCCCAUGCCCCAGACCACUUACGUGUUGCGACAGGCUCUGCGUCAGGGCGUCAAUCCCCUGGUGGUCAUCAACAAGAUAGACCGCCCCGAGGCCAGGGUGGCGGAAGUCGUAGAUAUGGUCCAGGACCUUUUUCUGGAAGUGGCUACCACUGCGGAACAGCUCGAUUACCCGGUCCUGUACGCCUCUGCCCGGCAGGGUUACGCCACCACGAACCCGGACAUCCCGGGAUCUGAUAUGCAGCCCCUCUUCCAAGCGAUCCUGGAUUCGGUUCCUCCGCCCCCCGGCGAUCCGCACGCUCCACUGCAAAUGCUGGUUGCCGCUCUGGACUACGACAAUUACCUGGAGACAGUCAGACCGUAUAGCCGGAUACCACGCAAGAUCAGCUGCAUGACGGGUGGCGCUGCUGGGGCCGCGACGACGCUUCAUUCACCACCACAAGGGUGGACGUAG